CUUCAGGAGGUAUUUGGGGCUCCACACAGGACACGCGUGAAGAUUCCUGGAUGAGAAGGGUGCUUAGAAAAACGUUGUGAGCAUCCACAGCAAGGACAUGGAGCCUGAAGACCUUCCACCCCCUGCCUGAGGCCACCAAGAUCCCCUUACCUAGUAGUCCUACCUGUAUUUCAUGCAGUACUUCCUUCUCUCGCCAUGAAGAGGAAGAAGAACGCAGAGGUGAACACUAAAACCCCAGUUACUAAAGCCACACCUUCACCGAAUCCUGAUCAGACACCAAGCCAGCUCUCUGAAAAGAAGCGAAGAGUUCCAACCACAUUGCUGCCAACCUGGUACAAGGAACCAGUGAUCUUCAAAGAUGUAGCUGUGUACUUCAGCCAGAAAGAGUGGCAGCUACUGGAGCCUGCUCAGAAGGACCUGUACAAGGAUGUGAUGCUGGAGAACUACGGGAACCUGAUCUCUGUGGAAUAUUAUAUUUUCAAGCCAAGGCUGAUCACCAGAUUAGAACAGGGCAUUGACCUUUUCGCCAAGGAGAAUGAUGUUCUUGGAGAACGCCAGCAAAGUGAGGCAGGAGCCAGCCGGAGUGACACCUCCGCAGGAAAGAAGACAGGGAAUAAUUCAAAGACAGAAAUCCGGAAGCCAGACAAUUCUAAGACAACGUCACGGGAGAAGCAGAAGAAAGCAGAUCAAGGGGGUGGUUCAAAGAGUAUGAGUGCAGAAAAGCCUUCCAAAAGCGAUGUCAGGCCAUCUCAGAGAAAGGAGAAGUGUGGCCCAACUUCGACAAGAGAAGCAGGCAAAGCAAUUACUCCUGGCACUAAGGAGCAUGAAUCUGUGACCCCAGGAACAUCUUCGAGUCAAGCAUCAUCAGCUACAGCACCACGGAGCACCCCUCCAGAAAAGUCGACUUCGGGGAAAGACUCUCAUGGAAAAACACAGUAUGGCAACAACUCCAUCAAGCCCAAGCGUAAGCCUGCCCGACAAGGUAAGAACCACUUUAAAUGUAAGGAAUGUGGGAAAACCUUCAACCAGACCCUCCACCUCGUGGAGCACGAGAGAAUUCACACAGGAGAGAAACCCCACAAGUGCGACACCUGCGGGAAAUCUUUCAGGCACCUCUCGUACUUCCUUACACACUACCGAAUUCACACGGGGGUGAGACCCUACAAGUGUAAGGAGUGUGGCAAAGCCUUCAACAGCAGCUCCACUCUCAACAAUCACUGCAGGAUCCACUCGGGGGAGAAACCCUUCAAAUGUGACGAGUGUGGGAAAACCUUCAAGCAGAGCACGAAGCUCACCCGCCACCAACGGAUCCACACCGGGGAGAGACCCUACAAGUGCGGAGAGUGUGACAAGUGUUUCGGCCGCAGCUCGUCGCUGAGGGAGCACAAGAGGAUCCACACCGGAGAGAAGCCAUACCGAUGCCAGGUGUGUGGGAAAUCCUUCAGGGUCAACUCCCAUCUUUCGGAGCACCAGCGGCUCCACCUGAAGGUGAAGCCCUACAAGUGUGACAAGUGCGGGCGGCACUUCCGAAACAGCACUUACUUAGCAGAGCACAAGCAGAGCCACGUGCCCGGGGCCCGAGUGGACUGCUCCGAAUGCGGGAAAGUCUUCGAUUGCAAAGUAGCCCUUCUCAAGCACCAGAAAAGACACGAGGCGAACUCCAGGUAUCGGUGCAAGGGAUGUGGGAAAACAUUUAGGUGCAAAUCAAGCAUCCAGAGGCAUGAGAGGCUGCACGCUGGGGAGAAGCCUUUCGUGUGCACUAAGUGUGACAAAGGUUUCACUGACAAAACUACAUUGAACAAUCACUUGAAGAUCCACUCUGGAGACAGGCCAGAUCCGUGUGCCCAGUGUGGGAGAACCUUUAAGAAACUGGCCACCCUGCUGCUCCACCAGAAAAAGCAUGUGAAAAAGAAACCUGCCGACAAUGUAUAAAAGACUUUAGCCAGAACUCACAUCUUUGGGUCUUUGGAACUAAGUCAAAAUGAGAGAAACGAUAUAAGUGACCAGUUUCUUCAUUUCUUAGUAGCUGUUUACUUUUAAGCCAGUAGUUGUCAACAGAAGACUGGUUUCAACCCUUCCCCUACUUGGAGCAUCUGUGCAAUAUAAAGAGACAUUUUUUGUUAUUAUUAUUCCAGCAUUAGGUGCCACUAUCAACUGGAAUCUAUGGAUAGAGGCAAAGGGUGAUAUCAAAUAGUCUACAAUGUGACAAACAGACUCCCUUGCCUUCCAAUAACUAGGAAUGAUUUGGCCCUUCUCAAGCAAAAGCAUAUGAGCAUUUGAAUUUGAGAAGUUCAGGUAGAGUUUUCUCUGCCAGCCACUACAGUAACCACUAACUAGGCAUGGCUGUUUAAAUGUCAAGGAACCAACAUGAAAUAAACAUUUAAAGGCAAUCUCUUGCCUGCAUCAUCAACAUUUCAAGGCCUCAGUGGGCAGUUAGUUUCUCUGGUCACUGAUAUCACAGACAACUAACAUUUUCAACAUCAUGGAAGACUCUAUUCAGAACUUGGUGAUCAAUAGUUAUCUCGUGGGAUGGCCCUGAGAAACUAGGACACAACUUUGUGACGUUGACUUUGAGCUUUUGAUAGCAGAAUGUAGCAUUUUCUAAGUGUUGUGAAUGUGUCGGAGCCUGUGAUGUUUGGAGCACUUUCAGAUCUCCGAUUGGCCAGUGCCCCACCCACAGGACUCCUACCUCUGUGUGUUCAGUGGGUGACUAAUAACGUCACUGAUAACUGUGAGCAUUUCUUGAUCACUAUCUACCUAUCA